CCUUAUCUCUUUGCUUAGCAUACAUUUACUCUGGCACUCUAGGUAGAAACAAGAAAUUGUUGACCUUUGGCCUGGAUUGAUAAAUGUUUGGUAUUGGUCCUUAGCGAGAUCAAGGUAGAAACACUUCAAUCUGGCCAUAUUUAUUUGAAAUGUUCUUUGAUGUCAAACACAGUUGGAUCUUAAUUUGAAACUUGAAUAAAACCCGAAUUUCAUUAGAUGGGAUAUAUUAUACAAUGUUAUCAAUGAGUUGCGGCAUGUAAUUUUCUGGUUAGGCCAUCAGGAACUUCUCACGGAUUUUUCUGUCAGACCGCGGGGUUUUGACAUGCGGAGACAUACUGUGUAGAUGCGUUUUCUGUGACUUGUUUUUUGCUCCACAGAUUAGUUUUUUAAGUGGUGUUAUUUGCCAAGGAUAUUUGAACUCUUAUGUUAGGUCACAGGUAAAGGGAAAAAAAAUCCUGAAUCAAUAAGUAAACUCUGUGAUUGUUAGAAGGCUGUAUACAGGUAUUGUGGAGAGGAGAAAGGGGAGCAUUUACUCGCGGUGACAGAGUGAGAGAGGAGGUGUUCCUCUCCAAAACUAUGUGGAGCUUCAGAUCGCUCCAGUCAGAGGGACAGUAAACUGUGACAAGAUUCUGCUUUGUAUUAAAGAUUUCUGUCAAGUCAUUCACAAUAAUGGAGCUAACUAGAAUGGCCGCUAUCCGACUUUUGUCCGAUUGUGUUCAUCAGAAACUAACUUGUGCAGAAAAGGAACAAGCGACAAAAGUUGGGGCUAACAAGGCCGUGCAGAAAACGUGCCUCAAAUCAUGUAUUGGUAAAAAAUCAAUGGAAAUUAAAGCUCUUGAAAUAGAAGCAGUUGAAGCAUGCAGGUGGUUGAAGGAGGCAGGGUUUCCACAGUAUGCUCAGAUGUAUGAUGACUGCCAGUUUCCUAUAGAUAUUUCAAGUGUGGAGAAAGAUCAUGAUUUUUUGGACAGAGAUUCGAUGCAGCCACUGGUCAGGAGGCUCAGUACCCUCAACAAAUGUGCUGUCAUGAGGAUAGGGACCCCCACCAAAAAACUGGGUGAUGAAUCAGACGAUGAAGAUCAGUGUGCUCUCAGUGACAAGUGGAAGUAUCAACACAACAUCCGUCGCUGGUCCCGCAAGGAUUUGAACAGCCCGUCUUCCGAUGGGCAGCCUUUGUCCCCUACCGUUAAAUCAAGUUCAAGUAACGAUAGUCUACUAACAGAUCAGAACUCGAGCAGUGAAACCGGAGACAGUCCAAUUCUGGAUUCCAAAAUGCAUCAUGAAAAGAAUAUGGCUAAUGAUGACUAUUUUGGGGUAAAGACUUCUACUCCUCAAGAUCAUCUCAAUCCCUCCAUGAGGGCUCUGAGUCCUAGACUCAGGAGGGCUGCAAGUGAAAGAAUUAAAGGAGCCAAGAAUUUCCUGAAAAGGAUGGAAAGUUUUAAAAGUCGAAAAAAUCGUCGAAUUCAGAGGAAUGGAAAUGUGGAGAUCAGUGGUCCUGUUGUGAUGGAUACUGAUGGAAUGCAGGCUAAGAUUAGGCAUCUGAACUGUAAAGAGCUGAGUCCUUCUAGUGAGGUACCCCCAUCUCUUCCAACAGAAGAAAACAAAACCGAUUCAACAGAACCCUGGUCAGACAGUGCUACCAAUUACAAUAAGGACCCCCAACAGACAUCUGCUUCCCAGCAGGAGGCUAGUGACCCAAGUAGUGCUUUAAUCUCUACCCUGAAGUUCCUAGAGGAUGCGACUCAAUCCUCUACAGAUCUUCAUACCUCAGUGAAAACCCCCUCCCCACUCUCAGGGCAUGUACAUCUCAGAAAACCCAACUUAGCUUGGAAAAAUAUAAGUGACUCGGAACUGUUUUCUACAGAGUCUUCUCCGUCAGUGUCGUUUAAGCUGCCUGAUGACUACACCCCCGGGACAUUUCCGCGAGUGUUACCCACGGGUUACGUACAGACAGAGAGGGGACACGGCAUUAACACCAGGACGGGCAGUAUUAGUCUGGGUAGUGAUAGAACAGAGGACAGUGUAUCUAGUGGUGCCUCCGUCGAAAGGCGGGGCUCUGCGGGGCCGCGAUUAGACUCCUACAGAAUCAGUGUCUACGACAAUGUGGAGCCAGAGGAGGAUUUAGAAAGUGCCCAACAAGAACUGGACUUGAUUCUUAGUAAAGUGUUCGAGGAUAUUAACGUUCUCAAUAAAGCCAUCUAUGGUGAAGAUGCAGAAACAUUACAGCCCCCUCCGUCUUCUCACAAUUCAACAGUAAAUAAAUCGGAUGAUGAGAGUCAGCUAUCUCUGAAGAACUUGAGUGCACUCGAGACAGAUGACAGUUUGAAUGGAGACCAGGAUGUAACAAGUCGGACCAAUUCCUCCCCAGAAACAAGUGAUCAUGACAUCACUACCGGAGAACUGUCACAUGAUGACUCCACAGAGAAUAUAGAGACCCGCGAGAGACGAGAUUCGGGUGUCGGGUCUUCACUCACUCGAGCUCCAAGUGACAGAAGAAGACAGAGAAUUCGCUGGCAUAGUUUCCAGAAAUCACACAGACCAAGUGUGAGCGGCAGAAAUACUCACAUCAGCAGUCUGUCCGUGUGUCAACUCAUGGUGCUACAAAAACUCUCCUUGUGUCGUUUGACAGGCCUCAUAGAAAAAUACUCACCCAAUCGCUCAGGAUGGAACUGGAGCAUGCCCGGCUUCAUGAAACGCCACAAGACCCCUAACUACAAUGACCGUAAUGUGUUUGGUGUCCCUCUCCUUGUGACCCUACAGAGGACGGGCCAGCCCCUCCCCCAGUGUAUGCUUAGUGCUAUGCGGUAUCUCAGGAAAACAGCCAAGGAAGCUGUGGGAAUCUUCCGGAAAUCUGGUGUCAGGACCAGAAUUCAGAAACUGAAGAAUGAAGUGGAAGCUAAUCCAGAUUCAGUGAACUUCCAAGAACUUCAGGCCUACGAUGUGGCAGACUUGCUCAAGCAAUACUUUCGUGAAUUACCAGAGUGCUUGUUAACCAAUAAGCUCUCAGAAGUCUUCAUCAAUAUCUUCAUCUAUUUGCCGAGUGAGCAGCGUCUAGAAGCCCUACAGUCGGCUGUCAUCCUCCUUCCUGAUGAGAACCGAGAAGUUCUUCAGUCCCUUCUUUUCUUCCUGUACGACAUUUCGAUGCAGGCUGAGGAACAUCAGAUGACAGCCAGUAAUCUCGCCGUGUGCUUCGCUCCCUCUCUGUUCAACAUGAGCGGGACAAAGAGCGCCACUCAGAGUCCGAGUCCACGCAGACCCAGGAAGAAUCUCGGGGUACCGGACGCUCGAGAGCUUCAGGAACAGAAGGCGGCCCACGAGUGUCUGACAACUCUGAUCCAGGAGUGCAAAAAACUCUUCAAUAUUCCAACAGCAAUGAUGAGCAAGUGCCGAUUCUCCUACAUUGAGCAAGGAGAUCCGGUUUCCUUGGAGGAGUUCAACAGGCGCAGUUCUCAGGACGAUCAGCUGGAGUAUCAGGCUUACGUGGACACAGCCAUCCAGGGGCUUCUGAAGGAAUCCAGGGACAAGUUUAAGGGCUGGGUGUCGGUCAAUUCUGUCCCAACAGACGUGGACUUGUCCUACAAAAAGGUGACCGAUGGUCAUCCACUCAGACUGUGGAGAUGUUCAGCUGAAGUGGAGGCUCCACCAUACGUGGCACUGGACUGCGUCAAGGACGAGAGACAUACUUGGGAUGAGGACCUCAUUAAAUGGAGAUCUAUAGAGAGGCUGGAUUCCCAGACAGAGGUCUUCCAGUAUACCCAGAGUUCAAUGGCACCACAUCCUGCCAGGGAUUUCUGUGUCCUCAGGUCCUGGAGAUCAGAUCUCCCCAAGGGAUCAUGUGCCCUGGUUUCCACAUCCAUUGAUCACCCUCAGGCUGAGCUGAACGGGGCCAUACAGGGGGUGGUUUUAGCGUCUCACUACUUGAUAGAGCCCUGUGGGUCAGGGAAAUCACGAGUCACCCUCAUAAGCCGCAUAGACAUGAGGGGAAGAACACCAGAGUGGUAUAAGAAGGUGUACAGUUACAGCUGUGUGAAUCAGAUGGAGAGAAUCCGGGACUCCCUGAAACAGAGUACAGAGGGACCCGAGUCCACAGUGUGAAGUCUAGCUUCUGAUUCUGAUGAAAAAUCUCCUAGUAACAGGGGCCUGUCCCUACACCAGAAAGGUGUCUCAACGUGGCACCAAACUGCUGAAGUCCAUGGAGGGUGAAGCAUGGAGUCAUUGACAGAGAAUCUACUUCUGUUACACGAUACACAAAACCAUAGACACUGACGUCAGUGCUGGACAAAACCCUAAUCCAAUAGAGAACAAUAGAUAGUCUGUGACAGAUGUGGGCGCUAUCCACAUGACAAUCUAGUGCUGUAAUAUAGAACAUUCCGUAUAGAUGAUAGAGGAGGGCAACAUGUGUUCAUUUUAUUAGCAUUACUGUUGAAUUUUGUAGAAGGGGACCUAGGUUCACUAAUGAGUAGCAUUUAAAACAAACAGAAUGGUGGGCAGUCCCCACUGUUGCCAUAGGGAAGGCAGCAUUAUGUCUGUUGGUAACCAUAGGAACCAUGCUAGUCAUGUGACCUGAUAUUAUUCCUUGGGAGUAGAGAACCUGCAAUAUUACUAAAUGCAUUUACUUGUUGUAUUGUGCCAUGUCUUGUGUAUAUUCUGUUGUAAAUAUUGUCCAACCUUUUAAAUGUACAAUGUACAAAAGUCAUUGAGAUACGAGUUUAGUAAUACAUACAUGUUAUAAGUUAUGAUAGAUAUCAGUUACUGGCAUUGAGUGAGUUUUGAAUGUAAGAAUGGCUGAAUUUUACUUGAAAGUGUAUGUGAGCAAGGUACAUUCUGUAAGAGAGAGACUUUUAAUGUAUAUGCUGAUGUUCUCUUUGGCCAGACUCUGUCGUAAUAAUCAAACCAAUGCAUACCUCAUUUUAGCCGGUCAAGCGGUUAAGUUAUUUAUCCUGUACACUAAUGCUCCCCUGAAGUCUGGUCAGACUGACCAGUAUAUAUGUAGAAGUCUGGUCAAAUUGACCAGUAUUUAUGUGUGUUACAAAUACAGUGGUUGUGAUGCAUUUGGUCAAGAUAGUUAUAAAAUAUUCAUCAUUGAUAUUCCUAAAUUAAACAACAGUACAAUCAUUAAGGAAAACACAUUACAUAUAUCUAAUAAACUACAGAAAUCCACAGUACCUGUAACAUUGUAUAAAGGUGUAGUCAUUCAGUAGCUAUUAUCAAGUGUAUUUUAAACACCAUACCUUGUUUAUUUUGGACAAGUUAACAUCAGUCACAGAUUUUACUUUCACUUUUUUACAUCAGGAGAUGGUAAAGUCACACAACAGUGUACAGCGUCAUUAAUGAUAUUGUCAUCUCUGUUACCUCAGACCAUAUAUAUCAUAAUUCCAUUGUAUGUGUAUCUUGUUAUGAUAUUUGUUAUUAUA